AUGGGUUUAUAUUAUCUUUUAUUAGCGACAGCUAAUCCUGGCGAUAAUAUAUUAGUACCAGAACCUAGUUAUCCAUUUUAUCAUAAGAAUGCACCAAGUAUUGGUGUCUAAAUACGUCCGUAUUAAUUAUUGCCUUAAUAAAAUUGGGAAAUAGAUUUUGAAUAAUUAGAAAAAUUAAUUGAUUAAAAAACACGUUUUUUAUGGAUAGUUAAUCCUUCUAAUCCCUGUGGUUCAAUUUUUAGCGAACAACAUAUGUCUGAAAUAUUUUCUUUUUGCAAAAAAAAAUCUAUUUUUAUAAUAAGUGAUGAGGUUUAUUGGAAUGAGUCGUUUUCUGAUUAAAAAUUUAUCUCUUUUGGACAUUUUUAAUAAGAUGAUGUUCCUGUAGUAGUGAUAGGUGGCUUUGAAAAGACAUUUUUAGUACCAGGAUGGAGUUUUUCAUGGAUUAUUUUUUUUGAUAAAAAUUAUAAGUUAAAAAAUAUUAAAUUUGGAGUAGAUUCUAUUUAUUAAAUUUUUCUAAAUCCAUGCUCGUUUUUAAUACAUUCUGUACCGGAAAUUUUAGACACAUUGACAGCCGAUUAUACAAAAAACUAAAUGGUACAUUUUGAGGAAAACUAUAAUUUUUUAUUCAAAUAAUUAAAAGAAAUAUAAGGUCUUUAACCAAUAAAGUCUUAAGGAACAUUUUAUUUAGUAGUUUUGAUUUAAUUGGAGUUUUUUCCAGAUUUUAAAAAUGAUUAAGAAUUUUUGUAGGGAUUAUUAAAUCAAGAAAAUAUUUGUAUAUUAAACUUAAGUUCGUUUAAUGGAAAAUAUCAAGGGUUUAGGAUGCUUACUUGUGCGACUAUAGAUGGACAUUAUAAUUAAUUUAUUGUAAGAAUAAAAAGAUUUUGCAUAUAACAUUAUAAUAAGGUUUGA